GUUACAUCAACUGCACUUAAUGUGUGAAUGUGGCAUGUCACUGUAGUUGUGUAGUUUCCUGUAGUUGUGUUGUUUCCCGUAGUUGUGUAUUAUGGCUUCUUCUCUGGUCAACUCCUCAUUAAUGUCAACGGUCAGACUGUGUGUGUGUAGGAGACUCUGCUCUGCACAGGGUUGUGGUCGGGGGAGUCCAGCUGCAGGUGCAGCAGCUCAGUUCAGAAAAACCAACUUCUCCUGGUGCGAUGGAGCUCGAGGACUUCUUUCCCGUGGCGGCGGAGCAGCGGCGGAGCAGCUGACCCUGGAGGACAUCGCCAAAAACAUUAGAGAGCGGCAGCACCACAGGGUGGUGGUGAUGGCCGGCGCUGGGAUUAGUACACCGAGUGGCAUCCCUGACUUCAGGUACCAAGUUCUGAUGUGUUUUCCUGCUCCUGUCACAUGUGGUAUCUCGAUGAAUCUACUGUGGAGAUCCGGCGUGUUGUCGUUCCCUCACAGGUCUCCAGGCAGCGGUCUCUAUGACAACCUGCGGCAGUACGACCUGCCCUACGCGGAGGCCAUAUUCGAGAUUGGCUUCUUCCACCAAAACCCUCAUCCCUUCUUCGCCUUGGCCAAAGAGUUGUAUCCAGGAAACUACCAGCCCAACCUGACCCACCACUUUGUCCGCCUGCUUCAGAAGAAGGGGCAGCUUCUCAGGAUGUACACGCAGAACAUUGACGGACUGGAAAGAUUGGCAGGGAUUCCUCCUGAGCUGCUGGUCGAGGCCCACGGUACGUUCGCCACCGCCACCUGCACCGUCUGCUUGAGAAAAUAUGAGGGCCAUGAUCUGCGACCCGAUGUGAUGAGUGGGAUUGUCCCUAAGUGUCCCACCUGUAAAGGGGUGGUGAAGCCUGACAUCGUGUUUUUCGGAGAGGAGCUUCCACGGCAUUUCUUCAAGUACCUCACAGACUUUCCUCUGGCAGAUCUGCUGAUCAUCAUGGGCACGUCACUGGAGGUGGAGCCCUUCGCCAGCCUGGCAGGGGCCGUGCGCAGCUCCGUCCCUCGCCUGCUCAUCAACAGGGACCCGGUGGGGCCCUUCGCGUGGAGCCGCCGGCCCCAGGAUGUGCUUCAGCUGGGCGACGUGGUGAGCGGCGUGCAGGCCCUGGUGGGCGCCCUGGGCUGGACUCAGGAGUUAGACCAGGUGAUGGCUGCUGCUGCUGCUCAGGAGGCGACAACAAAGACAGAGGAGUGAGAACGUUUCACUUCAUCAAGCUGCAGGUUUCACUUUUCAUCCCUGCACUCAACACCGAAAAGUAAAAGUCACGUGACUUUCUGUGCACAUUGUUGUUGGAUCACGUUCUGACAGAAGUCGCGCUUACGUCAGGGAGACUUGAAUAAUGACCUGCUGCAGUUAAACAGACAUUUCCUCAUUGAACUGUCACUGAAAUACAGGUAAAUACAGGUAAAUACAUGUAAAUACAUGUAAAUACAGGUAAAUACAUGUAAAUACAGGUAAAUACAGGUAAAUACAACUUUGGAUCAGUUGUCACUUCAGAUAAAGUGAUUACGUUUCAGUGGUCAAAGGUCAAAGGUCACAGUGACCUGAUAUGAAUCUGGGGGGAAAGUAUGUAGAAAUAUGUACAGGGAAACUGCACUGGGUGGCAGAGGGAUACACUGGUAACAAGAAGAGAACUGUUGUACCCUAACCCUAACCCACAGUGAAGAUGAACAAUAUUGUUUUUUAUUUAUCUGCCUCCAGUUUGUUUUAAUGUUGUGUCAAAAUGCUUCAUAAGAAGUGCAGCUGCAGACUUUGUGUUGGCCUUUAUAUGGAAGAUCAGAACCACCACACCAAGGGUUUUAACUGGAAGACACAUUAUAGCUUAAUUUUAAUAAUAAUAAUGUUUUUUUGGGGGGGAGGACUAUUUUCAGCAGUAGGACUGUUGUUAACCCUCAACAAGAGUCAGGAAAUAAUACAAAGUUAGUUUCACUUACAUGUUGCACUUUGUAGUUUGGCUUUUUGAAGUUAAUGUACCGACGUGAUUCUUGUUCUGGUUUGUUCCUCAUGGUUGAUGCACUGAUUGUGAUUCUGAUUGUGAAAGUGUCAAAUGUAAUGUAAUGAAUUCAGUUCAAAUAAACAUGCACUCCUAAA